UCCAAACCGAACUCUUCCUUGCAAGUGCCGUAAGUUCUCUCCAGCUGUAAUCAUGUUUAGUGAUGCAGAGCUAAAGUCAUGGAGAGGUAUCCGAUCAAUCCCUUCAAUCCUCCCUCAGCUGCAGUUUAGCUCCCCUUGCACUUUAUCUGUAAUCCACUACUGCAUGUCAAGCUUAAUCCUUUUUUUUGUUCCUGGCUGGGUGGCAAGGUCCAAACAGCACGUUUCUAAGUCAGGCUCUGCAGCACCUGCCGGCAACUAUGUGGACUACAUGAUCGUUGACCCACCUCGGCUGCCAAUACCAAUGCAGGCAGCCUCCAUCAACCCUUACAUGUACCAGCAGCACAGGCACCAAGAUGAAGCAGAGAGAUCUCUCAUUGGUGGAGGAGGAGGCUAUGCCCGCCCUUCUGCAUGGUCACAGGCCAAUCACAGAGAGCGAGAGCGAGACAGACAACUCCUUCAGGAGGCACUGUCCGUCUAUUUGGCUUCUGCCCCUUCGUCCUCUUAUCGCCAUCGUGGGUCAACCUCCUUGGCCUCUGCUGGCCUCCCUUAUUAUGAUGACUUGCAAAUGGAGACACCACUGGACUAUGCAGACGAUUACACCCUAGAGGAGAGGCUUGGAUCCACAAACAGACAACCAGCACUCCAAAAUAAGGCUUACAGCACCCAGUCAGGAAGCAGUGAUGGCUUGCCGCAAAAAAUGUCCGGCGUCCUACAGAGGUAUGGGAUUGACCCCAAAGAGCUCAGCCAAGAGCAGCUCUACAAACUAGCCCUCAUACUGCAACUGCUGCAAGCCCAAGAUAAGACACAAGAUCCAAAUGAGAAGGACCUUGUCACUCUCAAGGAGAUGCAGCUGUUAAAAACAGACACCAUGCCUCGGAAAACGGAGAAGCUUGCUUCUGUCCCCAUUGCACCUGACACCGCUCAGGCCCCCCAACCUGUGUCAACUCUAACCGCACCUAUGACGAAGAGCAUAGGGCCUCCUUUGUCUGUCUCACAAACCCCACCGAUGGCUCCUGGAGAAGGAAAUGGUGUAGAGGAGGAGGGAGUGCCACAAGUUGAGGCUACAGGCGCCAAAGAAGAAUACGGCUACAUUGUAACUAACCAGAGCCCUCUGAGUUUAUAUGAUGGAGUGAAGCUUCUGGAGCUUCUGGCUGAGAAAACACAACUGACAACCAGCAGCUUCAUUAACAUUAGCGUGGUGGGACCGGCGCUGACAUUUCGUAUCCGCCAGAAUGAGCACAAUAUGACAGCUGCAGAUGUGGCAGCUAAAGCUGUGUCUGAAAAAAGCUUCUUGGAGUCCAAGACAAGCCUGAAGAUUUUACAGACUGGUGUGGGAGAGAGGACAAAUGCACAGGGUCUCCCUCAGGUAACCAGGGUUUCCCAGGGCUCCAGUGGGACGGUCAUCACACUAGUUUCCAUGGCAGUGGUAGGAGGAGUGUUGAUACUGGCUGUGGGCAUUGCAUGCCUCAGACACUACGCUAACCAAGUGGCCAAUGGCAAACUUGGUCUCGGACCAGAGGGAGGGUCUGAAACACACUUUGAUUAUCAGGAACUAUGUCGACAGCACAUGGCGUCUAAAUCAUCCCUGUGCCGCCAGGACUGCGUGGGUGCCACAAGCAGUGGCGUGGCGGGAUCCGCCAUCAACACUGGUGGUCGACGAGGAACAGACACAUCCCGCGUGAGCAGCGUUUCCUCCCAAUUCAGCGAUGGCCCACAGCACAGUCCGUCCUCCACCCACAGCUCCACUCCUUCCUGGAGUGAGGAACCAGCCCAGUCAAAUAUGGACAUUUCCACCGGUCACAUGAUUCUGGCCUAUAUGGAGGACCACCUUCGCAACAAGGACCGACUUCAGAAGGAGUGGGAGGCACUGUGCUCCUACCAGGCUGACCCAAGUUCUGUGGCAGUGGCUCAAACUCCCAGCAACAUGACCAAAAACAGACAAGCUGAAUCGCUCCCAUAUGAUCACUCACGUGUGAAGCUGAAAAGGGAGCUGAACCCCAGAAAACAAGAUUAUAUCAAUGCAAGUUUUGUUUUUGAUCACGACCCUCGCCAGCCAGCAUAUAUUGCCACCCAGGGACCUCUGCCUCACACAGUGGCUGAUUUUUGGCAGAUGGUUUGGGAGAAUGGCUGCACAGUCAUUGUGAUGAUGUCUGCUCUGGCAGAGGACGGACAGAAACAGAGCGAACGAUACUGGCCAGAUGAGGGUUCAUCGCUGUACCACAUCUACGAGGUGAACUUGGUGUCAGAGCAUAUCUGGUGCAAGGACUUUCUGGUGCGUAGCUUCUACCUGAAGAACGUCCAGACACAAGAGACAAGAACUUUAACACAGUUUCACCUACUGAGCUGGCCAUCUGACGGAAUCCCUACCUCAACACGGCCCUUGCUUGACUUCCGCAGUGCACGUCCAGAUAGGAAGGUGAAUAAAUGCUACAGAGGUCGCUCCUGUCCAAUUAUUGUCCACUGCAGUGAUGGGACUGGCAGAACUGGCACGUACAUCCUUAUUGACAUGGUGCUGAACCGCAUGGCCAAAGGAGUCAAGGAGAUUGACAUUGCUGCCACAUUGGAACAUAUCAGAGACCAGAGACCUGGCCUGGUCCGCACCAAGGACCAGUUUGAGUUUGCACUGACAGCCGUUGCUGAAGAGGUUAAUGCCAUCUUGAAAGCCUUGCCACAGUGAACAGCUCCACCGACUGACACAAACCAAUGACUCAAAAAUAUUGCAAGACAGCCACAUUUCCAGCAGAUGCACUUGAACGAAGCAGUCAUGUAUCAUAGUACUAUGAGAACUUCAAAGAUUUAUUCAGUUUCAUAAGUUUUUUAGUUUUUUUUUGUUACAUUUCUGUCAUAUGUGAAUAUGAAUAAUUUUGGACAGCUAUAAGACAGAAGACUACAUGUACAGUGACUGUGUGACUUCUGAAUUUCUGUGGACCAGAAUACUGUAUGCUAAUGUCUUGUGUCAAUUUCAGUGGAGGUUUUUUGUUCUAUUUUUUUGUAUAGUGAGGCUUGGCUUUGCCUUAAAAAUUAUUGUCUACAAUCAUGUACCACCCUGUAUGGAUUAUGUACUGUAAACAGUGCACACCUCUGUGUUUCUCAGUCAUCUUCAGUGUAAAUUGUUAUAUUUCUGUGCAGCUGUGAUUAAUGUAAAUAAUUCCCUCUGAUGACUGUAUUUAAUGUAGCAGACAGGUAAAAUACAAUAUCUAUAAAAAUGUAUUUUUAACUUAAUAAAUGUGUGAUGUGA